CACCGCAGCGCAGUAUCGACAAACGUGAAACGUUCACAUUACAUUUAGACGUAAUAUCUAUAGUGUCACUUCUCCUCUUAUAAUUUAGUAAUUAGACUAUUUACUGCUUCAAUUCCCUUUGUUUUAUUUGUUUAAGUGUUAUGUGUAUUCGAUGAUAUAAUAAUUAUGUACAGUGCCGCAACCGUUAACGCAUUCUGAAGGAAUUACGUAAUGGGAAUUAUGCUAGAGAAGUUAAUAGUUUUGCCCUGAAAUUCAACAUGGCCGCUGACACGGGUAUGGAUACUUGUCCCAGUCCAGAGAUUUCGGACUCUAGAAAACGACCUCUGGACGGCGAUUCUGAGAAUGGCGAUAUCAAAAGGUCACACUUCAGUUCAGUUCAAGACUUGGUGACGGCAUUGCCACUGGCCAACGGCCAUGGCAAUAUUACGUCUCAUUUCGCCGUGGAGCCGACGUACCACUUCAAGGUGCUGGUACCGUCCAUGGUGGCCGGCGCUAUCAUCGGCAAAGGUGGGGAGACCAUCGCCCAACUGCAGAAGGACACUGGAGCGCGCGUCAAGAUGUCCAAGUCACAUGAUUUUUACCCAGGCACAACAGAACGCGCGUGCCUGAUCACCGGCUCCGUGGACGGCAUCAUGGUGGUGCUGGACUUCAUCAUGGACAAGAUCAAGGAGAAGCCAGAGCUGGUGAAGCCGUUCCCGGACGGAGUGGACGCGAAGAUGCCGCAGGAUAGGGACAAGCAGGUCAAAAUCCUAGUGCCGAACUCGACGGCCGGCAUGAUAAUCGGCAAGGGGGGCAACUACAUCAAGCAGAUCAAAGAGCAGAGCGGCAGCUACGUGCAGAUCUCGCAGAAGGCGAAGGAGCUGUCGCUGCAGGAGCGCUGCAUCACUGUUGUGGGCGAGAAGGACAACAACAAGAAGGCGUGCCUGAUGAUCCUGCAGAAGGUGGUGGACGACCCGCAGUCGGGCUCGUGCCCGAACGUGUCGUACGCGGACGUGGCCGGGCCCGUCGCGAACUACAACCCGACCGGCUCGCCCUACGCCGUCGCCAGCUCUGAGGUGACCGAGAGCCACGCGCUGGGCGGGGGGGUGGCAGGCGUGGGCGGGGUGGGCGGCGUGGGCGGGGUGGGCGGGGUGCUGGUGAACGGCAGCGGGCUGGGCGCGCUGUCGCUGCAGCUGUCGCUGGCGCCGCCCGGCACGCCGCCGCCCUCGCCGCUCACGCAGCACACGCUCGACCACAUCAAGGUGGCACUCCGCCAAGCGGGCUAUUCCGAAGCGGGAAUAUCAGAAAUCGGGGCAGCCCUAUCGCUCCUAGUGAAGCACGGUGUACUAGGGCUGGCCCUACCACCCGCACUGCCGCACCCAGCACCACUGUCCGCAGCGUACUUCCCGCUGUCCGCGCAGGACUCGCCGGCGGUGUUCGGGCCGCUGUCGCAGGUGUCGCUCGCGGUGGCGCCGAUCUCGCUGUCGGGCGGCGUGGGCGGGGUGGGCGGGGUGGGGGGCGUGGCGGGCGGCUUCCCGUCCGCGUCGCUGCUGCCGCUGUCCAAGAGCCCCACGCCGGCGGACGCGGGCGGCAAGGACUCGAAGAACGUCGAGAUCGCUGAGGUCAUCGUCGGCGCUAUACUGGGCCCCGGCGGGCGCAGUCUCGUGGAGAUCCAGCAGAUGUCGGGCGCCAACAUCCAGAUCAGCAAGAAGGGCACGUUCGCGCCGGGCACGCGCAACCGCAUCGUCACCAUCAGCGGCUCGCACCAGGCCAUCUCCUCCGCGCACUUCCUCAUCGAGCAGAAGAUCCAGGAGGAGGAGCUCAAGCGCACGCGCCACAACGCCAUCUCCACGCUCAUGCAGUAAGUGCGGGGGGAGGGGGGGGCAGGGGGACACGCGCACG